AUGUGCCAGCCCGCGCCCCCCCGCGCCAGAACUCUAAAUGUCCGCUCGGGCUUCGCUGGUGCGGACGCGCGGUGUGGCCGCGGUGUGCUCACAGGGCUCGCCUGCCCUUCUUCCGGCUCUGGCUUCACCGGGGUGGGCGGGGCCAGCGCCUUCCCGGGCCGCGAUCUGUGCUGCUCUCGCGAGAGCUCCCCCUUUUCCCGGCCGGCGCGGAGCGAGGUGGGUGCCCGGGCCGGGGCCGCCGUUCCCCCGCCGCGGCCGCGGCGAUACGGGACCGGCCGUGGAGCGGGGCCCCCCGCGGCACCGCGGCGUGGGGAUGCGCCCGAUUACCGCCCGCCCGGGGCCCGAUGGCCGCCGGGGCGCCCGGGGCCGGGGGUAGCCUGUCGGCGGGGUUUCCCUCCUUCCUCGGCCGGCGGCGCCCCGCGGGAGGAGGGGCCGGGCCGGCAGCGGGGCCCGGGAGCGCCGUUCGCCCCUCGGGCGGCUCUUGGGGCUCUGUGCGGCUGGUGCCGCUUCCUGGGCUCCCGGCGCUUGCAGCGGGCCCGAGGCGGGCAGGCCCCGCGCUCCCGGGACGCUUUUCCUGUGGCCGGGUAG